GGUUGGUAUCAAUCAGUGGUCAUUAGCCAUCAGCAAUCACAGUGCUUCAGCGUUCAUCGCACCCGAAAACUACCAACAACCAGCCGACAACAUGUUCCGAGCUCUUGUUCUCAUCGCUCUGCUGGCGCCUGCCGCGGUCUACGGUAAUGUGAGCCGCGCCUGUACCAAUGGACGUCCGCAACCGACGCAUGUCAACGUGCACGGUUGUACCGCCGCACCGUGCAACCUGGUUCGUGGUGAAGAUGUGAUCGCGGACAUCGAUUUUACCACCAAUCGCGCCGUUACCUCGAUGACGACGAUUGCUACGGCGACCGCACUCGGUGUCGUCACCAACUAUCCGCUCGGUACGAAUGGGAUCACCUGCAACUUCCUGCAGGGCUCAAGCUGUCCGCUCAGUGUCAACGAGGAUGUGACGUACCAGCUCAGGAUGCCGAUUCUCUCGAUCUACCCGCUGGUCAGCCUCAGCAUCGAGAUCGAUGUCGUAGAUCAGGCAAAUGAGUCCGUUACCUGUUUCGUCGUGGAUGCCCAGGUUGUCACCCGUACCUAAAUCAGUUCCCGUCCUCGAAUGUACCGUGCGCUCUUCGAAUAAAAUGAUGCAAAUUGUGAACCAGAA